CCUCCUCUUCCUCAUCCUCUACAGAGUAUCAGCAGUACGCAGUGACCAUCCUAAGAGCAGUGGUAAUGCCUCAAUCUCUGAUGACAUCAACCAGAGAGUCUUCACUGUGACCAUGACUGAUCUGGAGCCAGAGGACUCUAAGACUUACAGGUGUGUUGUGGAGAUCAAUGGAGGAUCAGAUAUCAUGAUACAAUGGUUCUACCUGUCUGUCACUCCAGGUACUCCAGAACUCUAUGUGGACCAACAGGAAGUGACUGCAGUUGAAGGAGGGAGUGUCACUGUCCGUUGUUACUAUAGUAACUCUGGAGAUAUAAAGUGGUGCAGGAUGGGUGGUGAUUGUGUGAGUGGGUAUUCUGGGACUUUACAUGGAACAGUGACAUUAAAGGAUAUCAGUCUGGCCAACAACAGAACAGUCUUAACAGUGACUAUGAGUGGACUGAAGAUGGAGAACACUGACUGGUAUUGGUGUGAAGUGGGAGAACUAGAGAUGCCUGUUCACAUCACUGUCAGUCAACAAACUGCAACACAAAACAUCACUGCUAUCACAACCCAAGCGGAGGGGAACAUGGAGGAAGUCCACCGGAGGUCCAUAGAUGUGAAAGUCCUACUGAUUCCUUGGGGCAUGUUGGUGGUGGUGACAGCUGGUAUCCUAGUCACAUGGAAGAUGUGGACAAAGCAUAAGGACAAUAAGGCCAAGGACCAGACAACUAACAACUCAGUGUCUGCUGACCCUGAGCUGGACAUUAUAUACAGCAUAGUGAGCCACACCAGAGAAACAGCACAGCAGCAGGCCCCAUUUCCUGAAGAUGAUGAUGAUGUCACAUACAGCACUGUCAUCCUCCAGCACAAGGCCCAACUAAAAGUACAGGCCAAGGCAGCAGAACCAGAUGAUAAUGUGGUCUACAGCUCACUAGCUCUACAGGUGACCACACAGCAGAGGGCAGCAGCAGAACAGCAUUGACUGACUGAGUGACCUUGGUUGAGUCCUUAUCCUGGAAGGACAGCCCACUCCACGCUCCUGUGUCACAACAUCUAUUUCAA